CAUGGAAAUAUGGACAGAACAUAAUUACUUUUCAGGCUAGAAAAACGCUCUCCAGUUUUCCUAGCCGGUGGUUGGCUGAAAAAGAUAGAACUUUGUCUGUGGUUUACCGUUUGUCUUUAUCCAGAGCCGUGUCACUAAGAAAGUCCAGUUCCGUGUUUUCAAUUACUACCUGCACAUAAAGAGCGACGCAGCCCUUCACAUCUGUAAUGCUGCUGUAUUCGGAACUCCGUUCCAUUAGUGAUUCCGAUACCAUUAACGGGGGCGAGUCAGAAAAGCAAAGAAUUGCUUGCCAGUUUGCAAGACUGAGGUCCACGACGAAUUCCUAGAAACUGCGAGUAUAAACCGAUCGGAGAAGGGGUUUCCGUAUUAGAACCUGGGGUUUCUCAUUUCGUGUCAUCCAUAUAGAGAAAGGAGAAUAGCCACGUUGGAACGAGAACUUAUCUUUUUGGAGCUUAUAAAUUUACUAGUUCCUUGUAAGUAGUCAGAUAGAGAACGGACGAGCAAUUUUGCAGAGCGAGCGAGCAAGCAUGGCGAUCAACGAGGACAUCGAAAAUCAAGAAACUAGGGAGAGAGGAGUACGAGAGCAGCUCCUUGUGCCGCAAGAGAAGGACCAAGCUGGCCAAGAUGAAGGAACCGAUAAGGGUCAUCCGUGGAUGGUCUAUUUCAGCACAUUUGUUGCGGUUUGCGGUUCAUAUGAAUUUGGGACCUGUGCAGGUUAUUCAUCACCAACUCAGGAUGCUAUAGUGGAGGAACUUGGUCUAUCCACAGCUGAGUAUUCAGUCUUCGGAUCCAUACUGACAUUCGGUGCAAUGAUUGGUGCAAUUACUGGAGGACCAAUUGCUGAUUUUGUCGGCCGUAAAUGGACAAUGAGAAUGGCGAGCGCUUUUUGUGCAGCAGGAUGGCUUGCUAUUUACUUUGCUGAGGGAGCACUUGCUCUGGAUAUCGGAAGGUUGGCCACGGGAUAUGGAAUGGGAGUCUUUUCCUAUGUGGUACCAAUAUUUAUAGCUGAAAUUACACCCAAAAAUCUCCGUGGAGCUUUGACCGCUGUUAAUCAGCUUAUGAUCUGUGCCGGAGUGUCCGUUUCGUUCAUAAUUGGGAUAAUAUUAUCUUGGAGGGUUUUGGCAUUAAUUGGUCUAAUCCCAUGUGCAGUCUUACUGUUCGGCCUGUUUUUCAUUCCAGAGUCUCCUAGAUGGCUGGCAAAAAGGGGCCGCAAAAAGGAGUUUGAAGCCGCGCUGCAGAAACUCCGUGGAAAGGAUGCAGAUAUUUCUGAAGAGGCUGCUGAAAUACAAGAGUAUAUCGAAACUCUCCAACGGCUCCCAAAAGCCAGCGUGCUUGAUUUAUUUCAGAGAAGAUAUCUGAGCUCCGUCAUCAUUGGUGUUGGAUUGAUGGUCGUCCAGCUUGGAGGGAUAAAUGGCGUCUGUUUCUAUACAAGCAAUAUUUUCGAGGAAGCAGGUUUCUCCUCCAGUGUUGGAACCAUAACUUACGCAAUCCUCCAGGUCAUUGUCACGGCUAUCGGCGCUGCGCUGGUCGAUCGAGCUGGAAGAAAGCCCCUUCUCUUGAUCUCGGGGGCAGGAUUGGUCCUAGGAUGCAUAGUAACUGGCCUUUCAUUCUUUCUAAAGGUUCAUGAUCUGGCAGCUGAUGCUGUCCCAAUACUUGCUGUCACCGGCAUUCUGCUAUACAUAGCAGCAUUUUCCGCUGGAAUGGGCGCGGUUCCUUGGGUCGUGAUGUCCGAGAUUUUCCCCAUCAAUAUCAAAGGAGUAGCUGGAGGGUUUGCAACACUAGUAAACUGGUUCGGCGCUUGGGCAGUUUCCUACACUUUCAACUACUUAAUGAGCUGGAGCUCCUAUGGUACCUUCCUUCUUUAUGCGGGGAUUAACGCCGCAGGGAUGGUGUUCGUGAUCACGGUGGUCCCUGAAACGAAAGGGAGGAGUCUUGAGCAGAUUCAAGCAGCUAUCAACAGAGAAUGAAAAUGCCUGCACUCUUCCAUGUAGUCCCAUUUGAGCUCACAUGGCACUCGCAAUACCACACAUUCGAAGAUGGAAAAUGAUUAUGAAACAGGCAACAACAUCCUUCAUAAAACGACGUUAUUGUUGAGAUCUAUCAGUUCAUUCGUAGAGUGGUUUUAUUGUAGGAAAGAGAUAUGGUUAUUUUAUAGGAGAAUGAUUGAUUGAUCUACGAGAAUAAUAUUUCAAUUGCUAGUGAAAAAGCGUGUAUUGCUUUAUUUUUGUGAAUGCGAACAUUACACCUAUAGUCUUCGUGCGCGUCGGGCAAUGACGAAGCAAGUGACUUUCAAAUCGAGGCUCGCGUCCAUCUAUUGUUGGUUGAGAAA